AUGGAACUGGUCAUUGCGCCACCGAAUCGCAUUGCUGCUGGGUCCAAGCUAGGUUCGCCACUUGUGGUGACUUUCAAAGCAUCCAAGCUGAGGCGUAGGCCAGUGACCGCAGAGGGCGGCGAAGGACAGGACCUGAGCGGCGUAUGGGCCUACAUUUCUUUGAUGAGCGAAGACAAAAGUCGAACCCUCGCACCGCCACGAACCGACCUGCUCCGCGGCCACCCAGCUGCGUCAAUACAUCCUCUCGACUCUGCUGCCCAGCGAGGAGGCAGUUCAUUUGCCUAUGCGGCGUUUCCAGACCUGACCAUCACAGCGCCUGGUCGAUAUUGUUUCUGUAUCAACGUGUUUGACAUGAACAGCUCAGACGGGCAGUCAACAACCACUAAGCUCCUACCAGCACUACACACCCAUGUCUUUGAUGUCAUAGAAGACACACACUUUGCACCCCGACAAGGUCAGCUCAAAACUUGCCACGCUCUUGUAUCAGAUCGGCUGACAUGA